GUCGCCAUGGCCAGCUAUCCGUACGGGCAGAAUUGCCCCGGAGCUGCAGGACAGGCACCUGGAGCACCUCCAGGUGGCUACUACCCUGGACCUCCCCAUGGUGGGGGCUAGUAUGGCAGUGGAUUCCCCCCUGGUGGUGGUUACGGAGGUCCUUCCCCUGGAGGGCCAUAUGGAUACCCCAGUGCUGGGGGACUCCCCUCUGGAACUCCGAGUGGACCAUAUGGUGGUGUCCCCCCAGGGGGCCCCUACGGUCAGCCACCUCCAAGUUCCUAUGGUGCCCAGCAGCCUGGACCUUAUGGACAGGGUGGUGUCCCCCCCAAUGUGGAUCCUGAGGCCUACUCGUGGUUCCAGUCAGUGGAUGCCGAUCACAGCGGCUAUAUCUCCCUGAAGGAGCUGAAGCAGGCCCUCGUCAACUCUAACUGGUCCUCGUUCAAUGAUGAGACCUGCCUCAUGAUGAUAAACAUGUUUGAUAAGACCAAAUCCGGCCGCAUUGAUGUCGUCGGCUUCUCAGCCCUAUGGAGAUUCCUCCAGCAGUGGAAGAGCCUCUUCCAGCAGUAUGACCGGGACCGCUCUGGAUCCAUCAGCUCUGUAGAGCUGCAGCAAGCGCUGUCGCAGAUGGGCUACAACCUGAGCCCUCAGUUCACCCAGCUCCUGGUGUCUCGCUACUGUGCGCGCUCUGCCACUCCCGCCAUGCAGCUUGACUGCUUCAUCAAGGUGUGUACCCAGCUGCAGGUGCUGACUGAGGCCUUCCGGGAAAAGGACACCGCCGUACAGGGCAACAUUCGGCUCAGCUUUGAAGACUUCGUCACCAUGACAGCCUCUCGGAUGCUAUGAUCCAGCCUACCCAACAAGAGUGGAGCACACCAAGGGAUGCGGCCUGUCUACUCUUCCUUCUCUCCUAGCAAAGCUUUUCCUAGCUUGACCUAGGAAAGGUCCG